AUGACACUUGAUCUAUCGAGGAAUAAUUUCAGUAGUCCUUUUCCAAAUGAAUUUGCAAACUUCAAAUCCCUAGAACACCUUGAUUUAUCUGGAACAGGCUUAAAAGGUCAAAUUUCGAAAGUUACUGGAAAUUUGUGCAAGCUAAAGGUCUUAAGCCUUUCUGACAACAAGUUUGAUGGUGGGGGGAUUGAAGAGUUUUGGAGGAGCGUCUCAAAUUGUCCAAAUAAUUCAUUAGAGUCGCUAGAUUUGUCUAAUUGUGAGCUGGAAAGCCUAUUGCCGGCCUCCUUAGGAAUGUUAAAGAGUUUGCAGAAUCUCAACCUUGGUGGAAACUCUUUGGUGGGCUCAAUUCCAGAUUCCAUCGGAAAUUUGUUAUCCUUGAAAUCAUUGUACCUCUAUUCUAAUAAGAUGAAUAGCUCCAUUCCAAAAAGUCUGGGCCAACUCUAUAAACUAGUUUACCUCAAUCUGUCUUAUAAUUCAUAG